ACAUUUUUUGUUAAUCCAAAAUGAAGUUAUGGAAGCUUAGCUUUUAUGUAAAAAUAUAUGUAGCUACUACAUGUUUAUUUUUAAUGUUUGAAGUAAAUGCAACAUUGAAUAGUCAAGAUUAUGUAUCAGUUAUUGGAGAUCCUGGUAUGAAAAGAGAUGAAUUAAGAGUUGCUAUUGAGUCUUGGAAUCAAUGUAAUGAAGUUGGAGAAGAAGCACCAAAUAUGGGAAGCCCAAGAAUGGCUGAUUGUUUUGAUGUCAAUUACAAUGAACAUAAUAAUCAAAAAGGGGUGGAAUUGGUUCACAAGGUGCAAGAAUGGCAGAACAGGUUAGGCACAUCAACAAACAAGAACCUUCAUUUGAUGACAGAAAAUCCUGACAUUUUUGCAGUUUGGAAGGAGUUAUACUUAGGAAAAAAAUGUGAGGUUUUAGAUAUUCCAAAACCAUGGCAAUUUUGGAUGAUAAUGCUCAAAAGUGGUAACAUGGAUACAUUAGCUGCAAUUUGUCCAAACAAUGGUUUCAAAUCAAAGCCAUUUCCACAAACACAUCAAUUUCCUUGUUUUGGAAAAGGGUGUAUGAAUAUGCCAUCAAUGUAUCACAACUAUACAAAAGUGUAUGAUGAAGAAAAUAAGAAGAUUAUGAGAGGAAGUUUCUAUGGUUCAUGGGACUUGAAUGUUCAACAUGAUGAAAAACUAAGUUAUUUGAAUGAUACUUCCUAUUAUUAUGUGACUUGGGAAAAAGAAAUUGGUAAUGGAAGUUGGAUCUUUCACCAUGUGUUGAAGACUUCUUCUAAAUAUCCUUGGUUGAUGCUCUACUUAAGAUCGGAUGCUACAACCGGAUUUUCCGGUGGAUAUCAUUACGAAACAAGAGGCAUGACGAAAAUUGUACCAAAGUCACCAAAUUUUAAGGUAAGGUUCACCCUUGAUAUCAAGAAAGGAGGGGGUCCAAAGAGCCAAUUCUACCUCAUGGACAUGGGAAGUUGUUGGAAGAACAAUGGAAAGCCAUGCAAUGGAGAUGUCACAUCUGAUGUAACCAGAUACAGUGAAAUGAUCAUAAACCCAGAAGUUGAACCAUUGUGCAAACCUAACCAUCUUGAACAAUGUCCUCCUUAUCAUACCUUCUCAAAUGGCACUCGAGUUCACCGAACCGAUGUGUCCAAGUUCCCCUAUGACGCAUACCUUCUCUAUCGUGCUCCAGGAAAUGCAAUGUACUUGGAAAAACCAGUGAUAUCAUCUGAUCCAUAUAGCAACCCGCAGCCUCAAGAGAUACUCCAAAUUUUGCCGCACGCGGUUUGGGGCGAAUAUGGUUAUCCAACAAAGAAAGGUGAAGGUUGGAUUGGUGAUCCAAGAACUUGGGAAGUUGAUGUUGGAAGGCUCUCUCAAUCACUCUAUUUUUAUCAGGAUCCAGGUACUACACCUGUUGAGAGACACUGGCCAUCAAUUGACUUGGGGACUGAAAUAUACAUAAGUGAUGGUCAACUAGCAGAAUGGACAGUUAGCAACUUUGAUAUUAUAGUUCCAAAAAAUCAAGCUUAUUAAAAUUCCAAGAGAAACAAAUUACACAUUGAAAUUUUAUAUUUAUAUUCAUUUUUAUCAGUUUUAUUAUGGCAAAGUAUUGUCACUUAUUGCCAUUGAAAAUUUAUAUUUAUAUUCAUUUUUAUCAGUUUUAUGAUGGCAAAGUAUUGUCACUUAUUGUCAUGUUAUUCCAUCACAAGUGUAUCUUAGUAUCAAAACAUUCCUAUUUUUAGUAGUAAAUUUUAAGAUCAAACAUUGUGGAAAUAGAAUUCAUUUGCAAUUCCAUAUUCUUCUUUUUUACCUUGGAUGAUUUAUGCAUCAAAAGAUGGAAAGGAACAUUCAAUUUUUUUUUAUUAACCAAUUAAAUGAUGUACAUAUAAUUACAGGAUGACAAUAUGAAAGCAGAAGUAGGAAAAGAAAAAAAAAACUAAACCCAACUAAAAUUUAACCAACUUUCUUCCUUCCUAACUUAGG